AUGGAACAAGAUGAUCAUGAUUUCGAUGGAAAAAGUUAUAACGGUGACAGCGAAGAGGAAUAUGAAGGAAAUUACGAUUUCGUUGAUCCAAAUGCAGAUGAGGAACAAGAGGACUGCACCAUUGAGUCGGACGUCGAAGACGUCGCAAAUGCACUAGCGAGUGAGCAUCCAUUCGAAGAACCGUCUUUCAUGCGCACUUUGGAUCUCGAUGCCAUGAAUGCUCCAGAAUUUCUGGAGUAUGCCAAUGCAGAUCCACCUAUGGUCAAGGAUGGUGAAUUUGUCAUAGGGAUGGAAUUUAAUUCUAGAGAGGCUGUGAUCAAGACAGUUAAAGAUUAUACCAUUCACAGAGGUGUUGAUUAUCGGGUUUUUGAGUCUGAGCCGAUGACAUUUUAUGCGAAAUGUGUGCAAUAUGGUCAAAGCUUUGAUUGGCUUAUCAGGGUUAGCUUGAUGCGAAGAAAGUAUUGUUGGGAGAUUAGACGAUAUAAUGGCAGCCAUACUUGUACUAGAGCCACUAUUUCUCAGGAUCAUUCAAAGUUGGACUCAGACACUAUUGCAUAUGCAAUUAAGCCAUUGAUAGAGGCCGAUCCAUCCAUAAAGGUGCGAUCAGUAAUUGCAGAUAUCCAAUCAAAGUUUAACUACAUGAUUAUUUAUUGCAAAGCAUGGUUGGCUAAGCAAAAGGCAAUUGAAAAAAUUUUUGGAGGGUGGGAAGCCUCUCAUGAAGCGUUGCCCAUAUGGUUUGAGGCAAUGGUAAAGAAAGAGCCAUCAGCAGCUGUCGAAUAUGAAACGUUACCUUACUACCGCGGGGAUGAAUUGGCUCAGGAUGUCAGGGUAGAUGGCACACACUUGUAUGGAAAAUAUAAAGGAGCGUUGUUGGUUGCAGUUUCUCAAGAUGGUAACAACAAUAUUGUGCCAAUUGAUGGGGUGGGACUUAUCUCUGAUCGACACGAGUUUAUUAGGUCAGCAGUUUCUCGUUGUGAUGGAGCAUGGGAGCCGCCAAGGGCCAGACACAUGUUUUGCAUUAGGCACAUAGCAUCGAACUUCUUGAGGAAGUUCAAGGCACCGUUCAUGCCAAAGCUUGUGGUGAACAUAGGCUAUUCUAAGACGGUGGAUGAAUACGAAAUCCAUUACCAGAGGUUGCGCAGUCGGGGUGAGGUAUACACUCGCUGGCUAGAUCGGAUUCCCCGUGAGCAACACUCUUUGGCAUAUGAUGGUGGCCAUCGAUGGGGUCAUAUAACGACAAAUCUGGUGGAAUGCAUCAAUGGGGUGUUGAAGGGUGCACGCAAUCUUCCCGUCACAGCACUUGUAAAGGCGACUUUUUAUAGACUGAAUGAGUUGUUCACAAGGAAAAGGGAUGGCGCUGAGACUCGUCUUCGAGCUAGACACUUAUUCUCCAAAAUAGUGACCGAAAAGAUUCAGCAAAAUUUGAUUGCGGCUGAAAACAUCAUAGUUAGUUGCUUCGAUCGGCAGAAUGAAGUUUUCGAUGUGAGGGAGAUGCCCAGCGGUGUUGAGUAUGCGGUAGACCUGCGACGUAGGCACUGUGACUGUGGUUAUUUUCAAGUUGAUCGCUUUCCAUGUCGCCACGUUUUUGCAUGUUGUGCAAACCAACGUCUUGAUUGGCAAGUUUACGUACACGACGUGUAUCGGAUGGAUGAGAUCCGAAAGGUGUACAGAGCUAGAUUUAUGCCAUUGGGCAACCCAACAACAUGGCCGGUGUAUGGAGGGCCACGGAUGAUACCUAAUCCUUCACUUAAGAGAGUUACCAAAGGUCGUCCCAAACAAACUCACUUCUUGAAUGAGAUGGACACACGAUCAAUGCGAGGUCCGAGACGUUGUAGGCUAUGCGGUGUAAAAGGGCACAGUCGUAGUAGGUGCCCCCAGCGCGCCGGAACUAGUGCACGUGAGGCAGACCCACCGUAA